UCCUCCUUUCGCUUGUUAGCCAGACGGUACAGUCGGUUAAAUCGAUCCCGCGAAAAUGCGUGUGGUCUCCGCUUACCUGCUGGCAGUUCUGGGGGGCAAGGCCAGCCCCACCGCUGAUGAUGUUAACAAGAUUCUGAGCUCCGUCGGUGUUGAGGCUGACGCUGAGAAGGUCAACAAGCUCAUCGCCGAGCUGGAGGGCAAGGACCUGCAGGAGGUCCUCGCCGCCGGCCGCUCCAAGCUGGCGUCCGUCCCCUCGGGCGGUGCCGUGGCCGCCGCUGCUCCCGCUGGCGGUGCCCCGGCUGCUGGCGGCGCUGCCCCUGCUCCUAAGAAGGAGGAGAAGAAGGAGCCCAGCGAGGAGGAGGACAUGGGCUUCUCCCUGUUCGAUUAAACGAACAGACCUGCCAGCCGGUUGCUGCCUCUCAGGAGUCGCCUUGUAACAUCUGGCCUACCUCGUGUCGUUCCUAUCAGCUCAGCGGAUUCAUAAACAAAGCCGGUUAGGCAUGCCAGGGGA